AGAAGAUCUUCGCACGAUUAUUCUUGGAUUCGCUCACAAAUCCUACAGACACUGUCAAACAAUGACUACCGCAAGCGUCACAGGUUCGCCCCCGCCAUGGCACGCUGCGUACCCAGCGCCCAGAAAUACCCCGGCCACUAUUCGUCGCGAAGACGUCCUCGACAUGAUCAAGCAGAGCGCAGAGACUUCUAGCAGAGACUACAUUCUCGUCGAUUUGCGUCGCAACGACCAUGAGGGCGGCACCAUCCGCGAUUCGAUCAACCUUCCUGCGCAGAGCUUGUACCCUACCAUACCGACUCUGUACACGCUCUUCAAGAAUGCAGGCCUCUGUAAGAUAAUCUGGUAUUGCUCUUCCUCAAAAGGACGUGGCAACCGUGCCGCUGGUUGGUUCGCCGACUACAUUGCAGAUCAAGGGGAUGAACAGAUGAAGAGUCUGGCCCUAGCUGAGGGCGUGAAAGGAUGGGCAACGGCAGGCGAUGAGUACGUCCAGUGGAUGAUCGAGUAUGAUGCUAAGGUCUGGUUGCAAUCUUGAGGUCUGGUUGCAACCUCGACUUCUUUUGGAAGCUAUGCUACGUAGGAGGGACAGUUUAAUGGGGAUCAUCUGUGAAAGGUAGAUGCAAUGCGC